AUGUCGAAAAUCACAGUCGCUAAUGUCCGAACUCAGUGCGGAGAGCUCCUUGAGUACUCCAACGAGACCAAGAAGCGAAACUUCCUUGAGACCGUUGAGCUUCAGAUCGGCCUGAAGAACUAUGACCCUCAGCGUGACAAGCGUUUCAGCGGCACCAUUCGCCUGCCCAGCGUCCCUCGCCCUAACAUGUCCAUCUGCAUUCUCGGUGAUGCCCACGAUCUUGACCGAGCCAAGCACGGUGGUGUUGAUGCCAUGUCCGCCGAUGACUUGAAGAAGCUCAACAAGAACAAGAAGCUCAUCAAGAAGCUUGCUCGCAAGUACGAUGCCUUCAUUGCUUCCGAGGCUCUCAUCAAGCAGAUCCCUCGUCUCUUGGGUCCUGGUCUUUCCAAGGCCGGAAAGUUCCCUACCCCCGUUUCUCACGCCGAUGAUCUCUCAGGCCGUAUCAACGAGGUUAAGUCUACCAUCAAGUUCCAGCUCAAGAAGGUUCUCUGCAUGGGUGUCGCCGUCGGCAACGUUGAGAUGACCACCGAGCAACUCGUAGCUAACGUCAUGUUGGCCAUUAACUACCUUGUCUCUCUUCUCAAGAAGGGCUGGCAGAACGUUGGAAGUCUUACCAUCAAGGCUUCCAUGUCUCCCCCCCGUCGUCUCUACUAG